UUUUGUUUUUACUAGAGAUGAAGUUUUGUUUGUAACAAAUACAUGUAGCUUGAAUUAUCAUAUGUAUAUCAAACUCAUUAACCUUUGUGUUUUCCCCCAAAGUACCGGUAUAGCAUUGUCAUAAUGAAAACAUACAAUAUGUACAUUAUUUUGUAAUAUUAUCCGCAAAAUUUUAGAACAUGGGUUUGAAUUUCUCUAUAUAAACAAUGUGAUAAAAAAGGAUUUUUAGUGACAGUCCAACAAUGAAUGCCCGUAUACCGUUAUUACUGUGUGUUUGGACUUUCUUGUCUUUUCAAGAAAUCCAAGCAAGCAUACGUAUUUGGGCCUCCGAAGUAACAAACUUUUCCACUCAAUACAACAGCGGAAGUCACUCUGCAAAGCAAGUUUUGGGAAAACCUAACGUCUAUCCUCGGUAUACCGAGAGUCCUGGCACUUGGGCACAGCUUGGUAAUCAAUUAGAUAGGGUCCAUUUCAUAGAGGUAAAAUUUCCAAGGAAACUCUAUGUUUCUAAAAUCAACAUCUACGAAACAUACAAUGCCGGAGCAGUCGUCAAAAUAUCCGUUAAAGACGGACAAAACCAAUGGGUGGAUAUAUUCAGUGUCAAUCAUGCUCAUCUCAUACGGAGAGCAAGGAAGUUUUCUCCCAAAAUAAAACGGUUUAUAUUUCCUGUGGAUGAGCUGAGAAUCGAAGUAGAUUGUUCCGUAGCUCACGAUUACGUAGAAAUCGAUGCUGUUGAGAUUGUUGGGGAUAUAUGCCCUUCACCUUUUUUCCAAAUCGGAAAUUCUUGUUACUUGAUAAAGAAAGACACAGUAUCCGCAGACGAAGCGUUUGCUAGAUGUCUUCUGAUUGGUGGAUACCUGGCUAAUUUUGAAACGCUAGAAGAGGCAAUGCUGAUGAAAGACAAGUUAAUUAAAAUGUCGACAAAAAUUUCGUACUUUGUUGGCGGAAGAAACAUAAACAGAAGAAAACAAGGAGGGGACUGGAGAUGGAUCAAAAACGGAACUAUGACACAAAUGAAGUAUUUUGCAUUUGGGACAGGAGAACCGAACGGAACAGAUCAAUCCCCUGAAGACUGCUUGAUGUUUUACGCAGCAAAAGCUUACGCAUUCAAUGACGCCAAUUGUAGAAUAAAGAAUGGAGGAUAUAUUUGUGAAAUUCAAAAUAUGUAAUACAUAUAAAACAAAAUGAG